AUGAAUCAAUUGGCAGCACUCAUGGCCAAUCAGCAAAACCAACAAAAUGCAAAACUUGCAAGUCUUUCUAAUACGGGAGUUGAUUCAUCAACUGAUUUAAGUUCAGGGAAUGUUGGUGCAGCAGGUAUUAUCAUUUUGUUAUCUGAAAAUAAUUUUUAUAGUCCAACAACUUCGUUCUUCUUCUCAACAAAAUACAACACAGCAACAAACACAAUUAACAGCAAUGCAACAACUAUUGUUACAACAACAACAGCAGCAACAAUUAUCUGCUGUAAUUGCUGCCCAACAACAGCAGCAACAACAAGAACAGCAACAGACUGA